UAUAGCCGCUUCCGCCGUAUGUUUUCGGAGGCGCACGGUAACAACGAUUUGUUGUCGCAAGUUUUCUCCUGAUGUUACGAAGUGCGCGAAAAAAUUUUCAGUCGCGUUGAUUACGUCGUCUCUCUUGAAGUGUUGUGCGGGGCAUCGUAUUUGCUGUGUUGUGAAACGUGAGAGACGCCCGAGAGUGAUUCAUCGCCGAAGAAAUGGCCACGGCCAUGGAAAAGCACCUCUUCAACCUCAAGUUUGCGGCCAAAGAGCUCGAGAGGAAUGCCAAGAAGUGUGAGAAAGAAGAGAAGGUGGAGAAGACCAAGCUGAAAAAGGCAAUUCAGAAGAACAACCUUGAAGGUGCCCGUAUCCAUGCAGAAAACUCAAUCCGGCAAAAGAACCAGGCACUCAACUAUCUCCGCAUGGCAUCGCGGGUCGAUGCCGUGGCGAGCCGUGUGCAGACGGCAGUCACCACCAAGAAAGUCACCAGCUCCAUGGCCGGCGUUGUCAAGUCGAUGGAUGCUGCCAUGAAGAGCAUGAACCUGGAAAAGAUCUCUGGCCUGAUGGACAAGUUUGAGAAGCAGUUUGAGGACCUGGACGUGCAAGCGUCAUGCAUGGAGGACACCAUGAGUUCCACCACCACAGUCACUGCCCCGCAGCACGAGGUCGAGGGCCUCAUGCAGCAGGUGGCUGACGAGGCUGGCCUGGAGUUGAACAUGGAGCUGCCCCAGGGUGUGAACAGCACUAUCGGCCAGUCGACAGCAGCCUCAACAGAACAGGACGAGCUAACACAACGCCUUGCCAAGCUGAGGCAGCUGUGAUCAACGUGUGUGCGUUCGUCAACGUUUGCACACAUCACCUGAAGCUGCAUGGACAAUCCCAUUCAACUGGUGCACAGCUUCUCUUUUUUUUCUUCUUUCCCUUGUGUCAAGAGCAACCCAAGCUUGAUCUUCCGAAGGGCAGCAGCACUGCAUCUCUAAUGCUGCAACCAGAUGAAGCACUUCUGGAAACUCAAAAUCAUGGAACCAUGCUGGAGGAGUUGGCUUUCCUUACAAGUUUCCUUUGCAUUACAAGUUUUUUUCUUUUUCUCUUUUUUUUUCUUGUACAUAGAAAAAUUUUGACAGCGAUGUAUAAAUGUCUAGAUGCCCUCUUGCACAGCCUUCAGUGUCAUCUUUUAUAUAUUCAACGCUUUCUUAUUGGCAAGGAGUAAUUAAAGUUUUUGCAUAGCUGUGGCUGUCACUGACCAAUUGUGGCAUGUGUAAUGUGCUUGCUUCACUGGGCAACUGAGAAUCGUGAUUUAUAUAUUUCAAAGGCAUAACAUGUGAUAGGCUAAGCAUAACAAGUAAUAUUCUCUUAAACGCACCUAUUGGACAUGCUCGGCAGUUUUGUUUUUCAGCAGCAGUUAGUGCAACAAAAUGAGGGCCAAGAUUGAAGCCGCAAUACCUGCUAGUGUUUCGCGGUAAUGGUAUUCUCACAAUUUGCAGUAGUACUAUUGUUGUCAUAUUUAUAGGUUCCUAGAUGUUUGCACACAGCUGUUGUUAGAAAUAUGUGUUUUUAAGCAAAUAAAGAAAGCUUUUGCAGAUUGUAUUACAGCAUCUA